AAGCAUCGUGUGCCGCUGGCUUAACAUUCGUUGAACUCACCUCAUUGAUCCUACUGUUACACUCUCGAUUCCAUAUGAUAGAACCGAAUUAUGAAAGUCAAUAAAGAUUUAUCAGAUGGUAAUUUAAAGGUAUUUACUCUGGAGUUGGGUUAGGUCAAAGUGCUGCGCCGUUUGCGUGCGCUCAGUUUCCCGACAUGGACAUCACAGACGUCGCGCUACAAAUGGCAGCGAUUUAAGCUCGUUGUAAUUUAUUUAUUUUUUAAAUAAUAAACCGCUAAUAUUGAACGUGAAACUUAUCGCACGUUCGUUGCCAAGAGUUAUAGAUUUAUAAUGAGCGAUUCCGAAUGGUUGCUUUGAAACAUGUGACAGCACUUGUACUUUAGUGAUUUCCCAACGACAAAUAGCUAUCACCGAACAGCAGAAAUGGCUAAACAAUCUUAUAGUAUCGUGGAAUAUUAUGCGGAACAUGAGGGAUACAAGUGCGGCUACUGUAAAAGCCCCAAUACGAAUUUCAGUCACGGCAUGUGGGCGCAUUCAUUGACAGUACAGGAUUAUCAAAGCUUGAUAGAUAGGGGAUGGAGACGAAGUGGCAGUUAUUGUUAUAAGCCCACACUGGAGCAAACCUGUUGUCCACUUUAUACUAUUAAAUGUGAAGCAUUGGAUUUUAGAAUAUCAAAAUCUCAGAAGAAAGUUCUAAAGCGCAUGGUGAAAUUUUUAAGAAACGAAAUAGCAAAUGAUAAUGUAGAUAUGAGUGAAGAUCAACAAGAUAACAUAGACAUAAACAAUGAAGAAGCAUUGAAUUAUGCAAAGCAUCACGCAAGAGCACAAAAGAAUACAUCUAAGAUUAAUGUCUCAUCUGUCAACGAUGAAGUCGGUAAAAGAAUGCCAGUUGAUCCAGUAGAAACCAAAAGUAUUGAUAUCUCGAAAAAUCCUAUCUCCGUCUCAACUAGCAAUCAGAAACAACUAAUAAAUUCAGAAAAGAAAAGUGCUUCGCACUCUAGUAACGAAAAUAUCAAUACAGUGCCUCGCAAAAAAGCGAAACUCCUACGGAUAGAACGUAAGCAAAAUAAGUUAUUAGCUCAGGGUAAAUCACAAAGUGAAAUCGAGAGCAUCAUGAGAGAGAAAAAACAACAGAAUUGCGCCAAGAGCUUGGAGGAAUUGUUCGACAAAGUGUACACUGGCUUGAAAAAGCUGGAGAUGAGACUGGUUAGAACAGCGCCGAUGAGUUCCGAAUACCUAAAGACCUCGAAAAAGUCUUUCGAAGUUUAUAAAAAGUAUCAAACCACGAUACACGGGACGCCAGCCGAGAAAGUCACAGAGCAACAGUAUACGAGAUUUCUCGUGAAGUCGCCUCUGCAGAUGAGAUUGGUGAGAGUGAUGUCGGACGAAUUUCUUAGCACUCUUGGUGCGAGCGCGAGCGUUUAUAAAAAGUAUCAAAUGGCGAUACACGGCGACUCACCGGAGGAAUGCGACCGAAAGUCAUUCGUCAACUUUCUCGUAAAGAGUCCUUUACAGCCAUGGGUACCCGACGACAGCAGCGGGCCACCACAGGGAUACGGUUCUUUCCACGAACAGUAUUGGCUGAACAAUGAAUUGAUAGCAGUCGGAGUGAUAGACAUUUUGCCAUCGUGCGUUUCGAGCGUAUACUUCUUCUACGAUCCGGCUUAUGGUCAGCUCUCCUUGGGGACUUUUAGUUCAUUGCGGGAGGUUUACCUGACCAGGCAACUAAGCAAGGUCGCGCCUGCUCUGAAAUAUUACUACAUGGGCUUUUACAUUCACACGUGUCCGAAGAUGCGAUACAAAGCGAGAAUGCGUCCGUCGAAGCUGCUAUGUCCCGAGACGUACAUGUGGUUCGAUAUUGAUCCCUGCUUGGCGAAGUUGGACAACGAGAAGUAUAGUCGUCUGAACGACGAUAUAGACGCUAUCGACGAGGAUGGUGUAGUCGACACUCGAGAGGUACUAGUUUUGUACAAUCAGGUCGCGAUGCCGUACAAGAUUUACAAGGCGCGACUGGCGCACCAAAUUACGCGCAAAGAGGAGCGCGAGGUGAAGGAGUACGCUGCCCUCGUUGGGAUGCCAUGCGCGCGAAAGAUGCUCCUUUAUCGCAACUAGAGAACAAUUUCGACGGCAGCGA